AGCAGCAGAAGGAGCCGUUCGCGUCUCCGGUGACGCUUUUUAAAGCGACACCAGCGGCUCCAGCGACCACUGCUUCUCUCUCUUCCAUGCUCAGCUCGUCCAACUCUGACUUCCAACGUCUUUUGCAAAGCCAAAGUAGCUCAACUUAAAACUGCCGUUCACUAAAAUGGCGAGUUCUGAGGGAAAUAAGCUUUGGGGAGGUCGAUUCGUGGGAGACACCGAUCCAGUCAUGGAGAAGUUCAAUGCGUCCAUCGGGUAUGACCGGAGGAUGUGGGAUGCUGACAUCCGAGGGAGCAAGGCUUACGUUAAAGCUCUGGAAAAGGCCAAGCUGGUCAGCGCAGAUGAAAUGGAGCAAAUCUUAAGUGGGAUGGAUAAGAUUUCUGAGGAGUGGUCUCAAGGCGUUUUUGUGAUCAAACCUGGAGAUGAAGACAUCCACACAGCCAACGAGCGCCGGCUAAAGGAGCUGAUCGGUGCUCCUGCGGGGAAGCUGCACACUGGCCGCAGCAGAAACGAUCAGGUGGUUACCGACAUGAGGCUGUGGCUGCGAGAUGCCAUCGCCACCCUGACGGACUGCUCCCUGCAGCUCGUUUCUUCCAUGGUGGAGCGGGCGGCUGCAGAGAUCGACGUCCUUUUUCCUGGUUACACCCAUAUGCAGAGGGCUCAGCCAAUCAGAUGGAGCCACUGGAUUCUAAGUCAUGCUGCUGCUCUGAGCAGAGAUGUUGACCGGCUUCUGGAAAUCAAGAAAAGAGUAAACGUCUUACCUCUGGGCAGUGGAGCUAUUGCUGGAACGCCAUUUGACAUUGACAGAGAGCUCCUCCAAAAAGAGUUGGGAUUUGAUGGUAUCAGUCUGAACAGCAUGGAUGCCACAGGCCAAAGAGACUUUGUUGUGGAGUUUUUGUUCUGGGCUUCGUUGUGUUUGACCCACCUCAGCAAGAUGGCCGAGGACCUCUUGCUCUACAGCACAAAAGAGUUCUCCUUCAUCACACUCUCUGAUGCCUACAGCACAGGCAGCAGUCUGAUGCCCCAGAAGAAGAAUGCUGACAGUCUGGAGCUUAUCAGGAGUAAAGCAGGCCGUGUCUUCGGCAGAUGUGCAGGAUUCAUGAUGACUCUGAAAGGUCUUCCCAGCACUUACAACAAAGACUUACAGGAGGAUAAGGAGGCCAUGUUUGAAUGCUAUGAUACGGUCCACGCUGUGCUGCAAGUGACAACUGGAGUCAUCUCAACUCUUAAGAUUAAUCAGAGUAAGAUGGAAGAUGCCCUCAGUCCUGACAUGUUGGCUACUGACCUGGCCUAUUACCUUGUGAGGAAGGGGGUGAGUGAUGUCAGUGCAAUGCCAUUUAGAGAAGCCCACGGUGUCUCUGGUAAAGCUGUGUUUACUGCUGAAUCCAAAAACAUUGCCUUGAAUCAACUCACUGUUGAAGAUCUGGCCUCUGUUAGUCCACUGUUUGGAAGCGACGUAUCGUCAGUGUGGGACUACAGAAGCAGCGUGGAGCAGUACGGUGCGGCCGGAGGCACAGCCAAGAGCAGCGUCACCGCACAGCUGGAACACCUGAGGACCUGGCACAAGAAACUGGCACAGUGACUGUUGCCCAAAGUCCCGUUAACGUGUGAAUGCUGUAUAAGUAUAAACUGCCAGACAAAAGGUCAAAGGAAAUUAUUUGUUUCAAACCUGAAAAACCAUAUUGCCUUUUAAACAGACAAGUGUCUCCUCUCUAAGAGCACAGCGGUUAGAUGGUGUAGGAUCUCACAAUGAUUAGUUUAUCAUGCUCAGAUUUUACCUGCCGAUCUUUUACCAUUUACCUAAAUAAAUAAGUGUUGUUACUGAACUGCUUUAAGACUUAAUGAUUUGAAUUAAAGGGCUUAUAUUCCUCUUAGUUAAUGGAGGUAAAUUAAUGUAGGCUUAAUUGAUUAAUCUAGUUAAAGUGAGACUAUACAACCCAUAGAACCAAAGAUUGGGACACCCUGAAGUUAAAAGAAUCCUACAAAGACACAAAUGAAUUCACUGGUUUGUACUGCUCAUUUAUUUUUCAUUAUUAGUAGUCAGUUAUAAUUCUCCCCAAAGGCAUUCAUGCAUGUUGAUUCCAUAUGAAACAUUGCAAUAAGUACUCAAACACUGUCAUGUGACUAGCAGAUCCACAGCAGAUGGAAAUACAACUACAACUCAAUAAACAUUCUUAGAUAAAAAGUACAUUUAUUCAGUGCCUCAAUAAACAUGAUUGAGGUGGAAGAAAAUGUGAAGAUUAUCUAGUGACAUUUAAGGAAAAGUAAUUUACCCUAUUUCAAAGAAUAAAGUAUGGUAUACAUGACUAAAUGUAGACUUUAUCACACGCUGGAAAAAAGAGCACAUCUAAGGAAAUUAGGAUUAAAGUACUAUAAAGCCUCAAUGUAUGGAUAUCAAAUAUAUUUUAAAGAAAAUAAUCAAACAUUAAGAAUGUUGGCAUGAAAAUCUUCUGGAAAAAAACAAUUCCUUCACGUAAGGGUAAGAUAGUAAAACUACCACAGGGAUUGUGCUCUAUAUAUUUACCCAUUGAAAAAACAGUGAUCAUUGAAUCAUUCCCAUUUAAAGCAACAAGAGUCUAUAGUCAUGCAAGCGGAUGGGAGAAACCAUACUAAAGCACCUAACAAGAUAUUUACCAAGAAUAAUGUUAGCAUCAAAACCAUCAAAUAUUAACAUUAGCUCAUCAGCACUGAAAAAAGAUUCAGCUGAAAUUCAUUUAUAGUUUGACCUGAUUUCAGUGAUUUAUGAAGUAAAGGCUGUUCUGUCUUCAGGGGAAGAUUCUUCAUGCAUUCUUUAAACCGGCCAAUAAUCAUACAGCAGUGUCUGAGGUAUCGUCGCUAAACUACAAAUGGGAAUUUUGUUGCAGUGCAAAAGGAAAAACACCGAAAAUGUUGGGAUUAAUGAGCACAAUAAAAGGUUAGGACUUUUCCUUCACUUGCUGUUCAUUAUUUUUAAGGCACAUGGAGAUGUAUUUUUUUCAGAAA